CAUGGCUCACGUUAUAAAACCAAAGAGGCCCUCCCGCAUCGGAUUUCUUCAGCUCAGGAUUUAUUUUUUCUUGCUCGCAGUUCUCACGCAGAAGCCAUUACUCCAAUCCAAUGUCUGAAAUUCCUUCGAAGAUGAAGGCAUGGAUCUAUGAAGAGUACGGGGAUGUGAAGGUCUUGAAGUUAGAUGACGGGGUUUCUGUGCCGGAGAUAAAAGAUGACCAAGUGCUUGUGAAGGUUGUUGCUGCGGCACUAAACCCUGUGGAUUUUAAGAGGAGACUAGGGAAGUUUAAGGCCACUGAUUCUCCGUUACCUACUGUUCCAGGAUAUGAUGUGGCUGGUGUAGUUGUCAAGGUGGGCAAUCAGGUGAAAAAGCUCAAGGAAGGAGAUGAAGUAUAUGGAGAUAUCAAUGAGAAAGCUUUGGAGCCUAAGAAGUUUGGAUCACUUGCUGAGUACACUGCUGUUGAAGAGAAAUUGCUUGCCAUAAAACCCAAUAAUCUGGACUUUCAAUCAGCUGCUGGAAUUCCUCUGGCCAUUGAGACAGCAAAUGAAGGCUUGGAGAAAGCAGACUUCUCUGCUGGUAAAUCUAUUCUAAAUCUAUUCUUGUAUUAGGCUGUAUUAGGCGGUGCAGGUGGAGUUGGAUCCUUGGUGAUUCAGUUGGCAAAACAUGUUUAUGGUGCAUCAAGAGUUGCUGCCACUUCAAGCACGGGUAAGUUGGAGCUAUUGAAAAGUUUGGGAGCUGAUUUAGCAAUUGACUACACCAAGGAAAACUUAAACGAUCUGCCAGAAAAAUUUGAUGUAGUGUAUGAUACUGUUGGGCUAGGCGACACGGGAGCCAAAGCAGUAAAAGAAGGCGGAACUGUGGUGGGAAUCACUGGUCCUCUUUCACCUCCAGGUUUCAUAUUUGUUCUCACUUCUGACGGAGCAGUUUUAACGAAGCUGAAUCCAUUUCUGGAGAGCGGAAAGAUUACGCCUCUUAAUGAUCCGAAGGGUCCAUUCCCUUUCUCGAAGGUGGUUGAUGCGUUUUCUUAUCUUGAGACCGGGAGAGCUACUGGUAAAGUUGUCAUAUACCCAAUUCCAUGAAGGUAGUUUUAUUUUCUCAGGAAAGUUGAGCUUUUAUAAAUAAAAUGACUUGUGUUGUAUCUGCAGUCGUUUGGUAAAUGUGUUAAGUCACCUUGAAUUUUAAUAAUUUGGGGGACAUAAAGGCUUGCUAGACUAUAAGAUUGUUGGUUUCGUUUCUCUUAGCAACUUACGGGCCUCUCUCAUUAGCCGGAAGUUUGAUUAGCUUUAACUGUGAAUUUAAUGGUGGACAGUAGUUUGGUUAUCUGUUUUCUGUCAGAAAUUAGUAAUAUUUUCAUGGUCUUUAA